AUGAGGCACCCCCUUCUUGUGCUCCCCCAAAACUACAUUAAGGGUCCAAAAUACCUCAACAAGAGCCUACUAGAUCCCAAAUACUAUGAUCUCGGCGCCCUAGCCUCGAACCCCUUUGCUUCAGCAUUGGUGGAAACAAAGUUGGACGUCUCUUCAAGAACUCGAUUUCCCAAAAAUCAAACUAUCAGGCUUGGUGUUGUUUCCACAUCGCCCCCAGUCAGUCCUGAUUACCCUUCCCAGAGCAGAACAUACCAGCUAACUCCCUUACCAAUGAUAAUCGAAAGAAAACAUCGACCUAUGCCUUCGUCCUACAUGGUGAACAACAACAAAUACAUCAAUUAUGUGGUCAAAUCUGGUAAAUGGCGCCAGUAUAUCCCUCUGAAAUUUCGCUUCAAGAAUGAUAAUGCCAUUGGUAAUCGGCCACAGAUAUCUAUGGAGUUGGGUAGUGAGGUCUAUGAGGUUUUCGUUGAAAAGAUUAAGCGAAAAUUGCAAGAACAACCACCUUCAACUGAACCGGGCAUGGUGGUCGUGGCUGGAGAACCUGGUAUACGCUUUGAAGACGGGAUGGUGGCACGCAUACCACGAGUAUGCUUUUCUGGGGAAAAAAGUGUGUUUGUGCCGUUUUCCAAUGAACCGCUAGCAAUGCUCAUUUUACGGUUUAUUCAAUUUCAGAGCUAA